AAUGAGUAUUUAAGCCAACUUGAAACGAAGUGGAAAAAACGAAAGAAAGAUAUGGCACCGUCAUUAUCAUGAACUUACUCGGAGAUCCAACGAGCGCAGCGCCGGCGUUGAAACCAGAAUCCAUCGCCGACCCACGGAUCCUCCAUGCCCAAGCUCUGAAAUCCUCACGCGUUGAUCGUUCCAUUUUCAACAAUUUAAUCACCCUUUACGCCAAAUCCAACCUUCUCGAUUCCUCACUUCGUGUUUUCAAACAAAUCCCAUCACCCAACAUCGUCUCAUGGACUUCUCUCAUUUCAGUUCACUCCAGUUCCCCACUCUCCCUCACUUUGUUCCUCUCCAUGCUUCGCUGCCCUAUUCUCCCCAACCAGCGGACGUUAGCUUCUCUUUUCAAAGCCUGCGUUUCCCUUCCUCGUUGCCUUUUGUUCGGUCUUUCUUUGCACGCUCUUUCCUUUAAGCUUUCACUUAAUGCUCAACCUUUUUCUGGUUCCGCGUUGGUUAACUUUUAUUCGAAAUAUCGGCUUCCAAUUGAUGCAAGGAAAGUGUUCGAUGAAAUGCCUGAACGAGAUGAAGUUUGUUAUGCAGCGGUGAUUAUUGGGUUGGCGCAGAAUUCCAAGCCGCUUGAGUCUUUGUCUUUGUUUGCUGCGAUGAAGUCUAGCAAUGUGGGUUCUACCAUGUAUAGUGUUUCUGGGGCGUUACGGGCGGUGGCGGAUUUGGCAGCCUUGGAGCAAUGCAGGAUGAUUCACGGGCACGCGGUUGUUACUGGGUUCGAUAAGAAUGUGAUCGUGGGGAGUGCUUUGGUUGAUGGGUAUGGGAAAUCGGGGCUUGUUUCAGAUGCACGAAAGGUGUUCGACGAAAAUAUUGCUGUGAUGAAUAUUGUAGGGUGGAAUGCUUUGAUGGCUGGUUAUGCACAGCAAGGUGAUUCGAGUUCGGUGAUCAAGUUGUUUCAAUCCAUGGCAAAUGUAAGGUUUGUGCCGGAUGAGUAUAGCUUUUUAGCUGCGCUUUCGGGUUUUUACAAUGCUGGCUUGGUUGGUGAAUCCGAGAUAUGGUUGAAGAGGAUGAAAUUGGAGUAUGGCAUCGAACCUGGGCUUGAGCAUUAUACAUGUUUGAUCGGUGCAUUGGGCAAAGCCGGGCGGUUGGAAGAUGCCGAGAGGAUUGCAACAACGAUGCCGUUUAACCCUGAUGCUGCAGUGUGGAGAUCAUUGUUGUCAAGUUGUGCUCAUCAUGGUGCAGCGGAUAUGGCUUUGAGGAUGGCUAGGAGGUUGUUAGAAUUGGAUCCUAACGACGAUUCAGCUUAUACGAUAGCUGCAAAUGUCUUAUCAGUUGCAGGCAGAUGGUCUGAGGUUGCCGGUAUGAGGAAACUGAUGAAAGAUCGGAGAGUGAAAAAGGAAGUCGGAAAAAGUUGGAUCGAAGUCAAGGGGGAAGUUCACAUGUUCAUGGCAGGGGAUAGGAAGCACGAGAGAACCGAAGAAAUCUACGAAAAGUUGGCCGAGUUAAUGGAAUCAAUCGAAAAGCUAGGUUACAAGCCGGUAUGGGAUGAGAUGUUGCAUGAAGUUGGGAAAGGAGAGAAAAAAGAAGCACUUUGGUAUCAUAGUGAGAAGUUGGCAUUAGCGUAUGGGAUAGUGAGCGGAGCCGCACCGGCAGGGAAACCGAUGAGGAUCAUAAAGAAUCUCCGAAUCUGCAAGGACUGUCACGAAGCUUUUAAGUACAUAAGCAGAGCAAUAGAUAAAGAGAUCAUUGUAAGGGAUGUUAACAGAUACCAUAAGUUCUUGAAUGGUAGUUGUACUUGUGGGGAUAUUUGGUAACAAAUUAUAAAAUCUUGGAUCACAUUUUUUCCCAAACAAUCA